AAAAUGUAGUUGAUCAUUAACAGGGAGCUUCAAUUUAUUUUGUUCAGUGAUGCUGUUGGGCAGCACUUCACUUCCUUCUAGAAGACACUGAUUAUCUAUCUGCCUAACCUCUAUACACCCGUGCAACAGAUUUAAGUCCAGAUCAGACUGAAGUUCCACUGAGUCAGGGUCGCCUGUAGGAUAAUCCACGUAUUUGCUGUGCACACCUGAUCAGUCAACAUCAAUGUAUAUGAGCUGCCUAAAGGAAUCCAUGCAGGCAUGUCAGUCUUCGAAUAGACGAGACUGGCACUGCCCAGUCUGCCUGCAGACGGCCAGAUUCCCAGUCCAGACGAACUGCGGCCAUUUGUUCUGCGCUCCCUGUCUUAUCACCUAUUGGAGGCAUGGGUCAUGGUUAGAUGCAAUCAGUUGUCCUCUUUGCAGACAGAAGGUCAGCGUGCUCUGCCACCUGUUCAGCGAGACCCGAUCAGACCAGCAGUCAAAAGAAGUUCUCGAUGAAAUCACAGCCUACAACAAACGUUAUUCUGGAGCUCCACGCAGGGUAACGGACUACCUCUGUGACACACCCCUGCUUCUGCAGUUACUGGUUCGUGGCCUGGGCACCAUGGGAGGACUCGUGUGGCUGUUUCUGUUCAGGGUUGCCCUGUGCUGCGUGGGGACCGUGAUGUCCAUCUCCUCCCCUGCUCUGGAUGCAGUGUCUUCAUCGAGUACCCUAGAAACAGACCCCUCUCUCUGUGGACUGCUAGGUCUCCUGGACGACCUGGUGGUGGUCAUCCUGCUCCUUAUCUGUGUUAUCAAUAUCAACCAGCAAAUAACACCAGAGAGAGGACAACCUGGAAAUGCUACAACCUCACAGGGAGUGAUGGGAGAUUCACUUUAGAGAGCAUGAGCAGCUGGAGCGUGGCAGCACAAGCUGUUAGACAUGGACUUUUAUUGAAUUUCUUCCCUCUGGCUGGAUUAGUGGUUAGAAGAAUAUUGACAACUGCACAGCAUGCAACAGUCAAGGUGUUAGAGGUUGUCUGAGCCUCCCUAAAUGUAGAUUCAGAUUCCAGGUGUUUUUGUGAACUGUUUACAGAGUUCAUGCUAAACUAACUAAAAAUAUGAUGUUAUGCAAUUUGUAGGUUCAGAUGUGGUUACAAAUCCUUAACCUUUCUUGAGUCCUUAAGUGUUUGACUUGUCUUUGUUUUCCCUUUAAAAAAAAAAUCUGUACCAGUGUACACAAACGUGUUGUUCCAGUAAGCUACAGAACAUGUGUCACGUCAGUACUGUAUUAUUGACAUCCAUGUAAAUACUUGACAUUGUAUAAAUUUAAGUUUUUAUCGUUUAAAUAAACAAUAUUUAUUGAUUUA